AUGGCUGUCUGGAAUCGCAGCAAAGUGGAUGUUUCUUCCACGGAGAGUCAGACAAAAAAUGAGUUCCCUGAACAAUAUAGAACCACAUCGGAGGCGCAAGGCGUCAUCGACAACGCCGAGGAGGACGGAUAUGAGCUUCAUCGUGGCCUGAAAGCCCGCCAUAUCACCAUGAUUGCUAUUGGUGGUGCCAUUGGGACUGGACUUAUUAUUGGUACGGGCUCUGCUCUUGCAAGGUUUCCUGCGGCUAUUUUAAUCUCGUAUACUUUUGUCGGUUUCAUCGUCUAUCUCGUUAUGUGUGCUCUCGGCGAAAUGGCUGCAUGGCUUCCUCUGCCCUCCGGUUUUACCGGUUAUGCCGUUCGCUUUUGUGAUCCAGCUCUGGGUUUUGCUGUUGGUUACUCGUACUACUGUAAAUACAUUAUAGUUACGCCGAACCAGCUAACCGCGGCUGCGCUAGUGAUCUCCUACUGGGUCGACCGGAAUAAGGUAAAUCCAGGCGUCUGGAUAACCGUUUUCUUGGUUACCAUAGUGUGUAUCAAUUACUUCGGCAUUCGCUUUUUCGGUGAAUUCGAAUUCUGGCUGUCGACCUUCAAGGUCCUUGUGAUCGUCAGUGUAAUCCUUCUAUCUCUGAUCCUUGCCUUGGGCGGUGGACCGGACCACGACAGAAAGGGGUUCCGCUACUGGAAAAAUCCAGGUGCUUUCAACACAUACAUUAACGAGGGCAGUUCUGGCCGCUUCCUCGCAUUCUGGUCUACAAUGGUCAUGGCGUCGUUUGCAUAUCUCGGAACCGAGCUGGUUGGUGUGACUGUUGGAGAGGCCCAGAACCCUCGCAAGACCAUCCCCCGCGCUAUCAAAUUGACCUUCUACCGCAUCCUGUUCUUCUAUAUCUUCAGUGUCUUUCUCCUUGGAAUGUUGGUUCCGUAUAACUCCCAGGACCUUAUCUUCUCAACGACCAAAUCUAAUACUGCCGCUGCCUCCCCCUACGUAGUGGCCAUUCAGCUUUCCGGCAUUAAGGUGCUCCCGGGAAUUCUCAAUGGAUGUAUUCUGCUCUUCGUGUUCUCUGCUUCCAACUCGGACUUGUACAUUGCAACAAGAACGAUAUACGGCCUGGCUCGUGAAGGCAAAGCACCCAAAAUCCUUGCCAGGACUGACAAAAGGGGUGUUCCCAUCUAUGCUCUGGGGCUCUCGACACUAUUUGCAAUGCUAGCAUUCAUGAACGUCUCAAACGAUAGCAAAAUCGUGUUCGGCUAUUUCGUCAACUUAGUGACCGUAUUCGGGCUGCUGACCUGGGUAUCAAUCCUUGUUACUCACAUUUACUUCGUCCGAGCCCGCAAUGCGCAGGGGGUUCCGGAAACUUCCAUGGCAUUCACUGCACCAUUUGGCGUCUACGGUUCAUAUUUCGCUCUCGGUUUCUGCAUCCUCAUCUCGCUUACCAAGAGCUUCAACGUGUUUGCUCGCGACCCUAAAGCAAAUGGAUCGUUUGAUUACAAGAACUUCAUCACUGCCUAUUUGGGUAUCCCAUUAUAUAUUAUUCUCAUUUUUGGAUACAAAUUUGUUACCAAAUCCAAAGUCGUGAAACCCCACGAGGCGGAUUUGUGGACCGGGAAGGAUAAGAUCGAUCGUGAAGAGGCCGAGUUUUUGGCCAGUCAAGCAGCUGAGAACAAAAAUCACAAAAAGGCGGGGGUUUUCUAUCGUCAUUUUGUUUCUUGGUUGUUCUAA